AUGAGGUCAAUCAUUGAACGUUUCCAUCGUUCGUCCGACCGGCGCUCGCCUAACGUGAGAGUCACCAAGACCGACAUCUUUAGCCGCCUCCCUUUCGAGCUUCAUGUUCUAGUCCUUGGUCACCUCGAGCCAAUAGACGUGGUCGCAGCCACCAGCGCAUCGCGAGUCCUACGGCUCAUAUGGAUCAGCGACGAGAUGUGGCCGGCUUUGGCCGAUCGCUGGUAUCCCGGACUCUCUGAUUGCAUCCGCUCCACCGCCACUGAUGGGCAGAACAUGGGAGAGACAUUCCGGCAGGCCUUGCACCGGAUCAUUAGAAGGACAGACGGCAAGUUUGUCUCAGCCCUGCACCUUAAGAUGAGGCUGGGAUCGAAUGAUUUCUUCCAGCUGAGUCAGGAUGUCCCCGUCUCUGAAGGGGGCGUUCACUCCUACGACAGCAUUGAGGGCUUGGAGUUCCAUCCAAAGCAGAGUGUCAUCCGCUUCAUGAUGUACAACAACGGGCGCAUCGCGUGGUGGCCAGAAGCGUAUAACCUCGCCUUCUUCGCCGUCGUCGACGAUUUUCGAACCAGAAAGAGACGUGCAUACAUGUUUCCGAACCAUGGUGUAGAAGAGAGGGGAUACAAGACCGCCAUGAGCGACAAGCUGCUCAUCAUGAGCCGCAGAACAACUCUGCAUGCCUGGCAUCUUGAGUUAGACCAUCUUCAAUCUGUUGAAGUACCGGGACUGAUCGAACGAUGCGUUACCGAAGGGGAAACAGCCCUAAUCGUCUUGAAAAACUCCGAGGCCUUCCUAUGGGAAUUCGGACGGGAGUUGCAGCACAUCGACAUCGACAAAUUCUCCUGUUAUACGAAGAGCCCAGUGUCUAUGGGUGGCAUGGAUAAUCUGACACUCAGUCAAUGGGCCCGAAGCCGGCACGGUCUCUACCUCAGACAGAGCCAAACGCUUGUAGACUUCAUCGUACACCCCCGGAUCAACCAAGCUUAUUUCGUAAUCACACUCACUCAUGAUGGGCAAGGACAGCUCACAGUGUAUGAGAUACACGCUGGCGAACUUAUUGGAACGUACAUCGCCGAAGACCGUGCCUUCUCCGGCAGCAACAUUAGCGAACAAGGGCCGUUACGCUGGGAAAAGGCGAAUUCUUAUGGUGGGUACCUAUUGACUCAGGCCAUAAUGGGACGGCCGGACCCCGACGAAGCGGAUCUGGCAAGCUGCACCGUUUGCCAAUGCGGGCGCAGUCGGGAUGAGCUCGUCUCCAUGUGCUUCAACAUCUACACAAAAUCCUUCACGACCUUCUUUCACCAUCUUACUGAAUAUUGUUCCAUGGGCUGCAUGCUCUGGAAUGGCCAACUCGCCGUUUGCGGUGAGGAAACCGUCACAUGGCUGACGCCCUGUAUUGGUAAACAGCGCCCCCGCAUACGACCGGGAGGUGAUAUCCCUUCGUUCACGACAACGUCGGGGAAUACCUCCCCAAUAUUACGUCGUCGGCAAAUUCCCUCCAAUUACCAAGUCCUGAACUAUGAGGUAGACGCCGUUGACUAUGUGCUCGAUACAAGCCAGCCUAUAGGCUCAACAGCCGACGAACCAGAGAGUCGCUGGAUACCUCCCCAUGGCUGGACCCUCCACCAGGUUGUAGGAGAUGACAACUUUCUGGUGUUUGUGGAUAAGCAAAGGUACGCUGUGUGGAGUUUCUGGGGUGAGAUACCGGCAAAGCCAUUGGCCGCAGGCAACGAACGGAGAAGCCGGUGGCAGAAGAACUAG